UUUCAUUAUGUGUUUAUUUGUCGAUACUAUUGGAUGGAUGGUAGCAAAACUCUGCAAAUAUGAACAAAAUUUCCACCAUUAUCUCCAUCCCAACAGUUCACAAAGUCGAUCAAUCGAAAAAAAUCCUCCCACAAGAGUUUCUUUUGAAUAAUGAUGUUACCAUUCUACGAAACCCACCGGAAUCUGCAAAUGGCCUAAUCAAUUGGAAAGUACUGACGACUUUUCGAACCGCUCUUAAAGCAGGACAAAUUAUAUCAGCCAUUUGGAUUCUGGUGUACCUCCUAUCGAAAAGCCAUUCCUAUCAGUAUGAACCCUUUUUCACUCCGCUUGAAGUUUCCUACGUUUUCCUCACAGUCAAUUCGGUGAUCGGGACGGUGCUUCUGCUGGGUGAUUCGUUACUGGAAGCUCGUCCGGUUCGUCGGGCAUUCACUUCGGUGCAAUGGUUCAGGGUGGAACUUUGGUUCACUGGAUUGGCGGCAGCUGGCUACUACAUACUGGGGUACUGCGUGUUGUCCGAUCUUUUCCGCGUCUAUCCCAUCGGUAACAAUCGAUCGGCGGCUACCAUCGGAUUUAUCGCUGCUUUGCUAUUCCUGGUGGACUGGUGGAUGCAUUUCAGCAAACGACGUGGCAUCAUCAGACGUUUGGAGAACGAGAAGGAUGGUGAUGCUGAGCAGGAAAAUCUUGCCUAACCAGGAUGCUAUUACCGCUUGGAAAAUAAAAACGGUGAUUACAUGAAACAACGUUUAUAUUUUUUUAAGUGACCAGACCAUA